AAUGUGUUGGGCAAUAAUAAAACUUCUCUAACUUAGCCACAAUUUUCUCUCACAAACACAUCACACAUUCGCGCAUUGGAGGGAAUUCUAGGGUUUCAUUUCUACAUCUCCAUCUCCAUACUUUCACAUUCAAUCAGGAUGGCAGAACCAACAGAAGCACCAUUCAGACCACGAGAGAAGCUUAUUGAGAAGCAAAAAUAUUUCCAGAAUUUGCGUAAACAUACUCACUUGAAAGGGCCCUAUGAUAAGAUUACGUCUGUUGCAAUACCACUUGCUUUGACUGCAGCUUCACUUUUUAUGAUUGGACGAGGGAUCUAUAAUAUGUCACAUGGAAUAGGAAAGAAGGAAUGACUUGACUAUUUCUGAUGGAGGAGGUGGUUGUUUUGCAACACAGACCGAACAAAACCUCCUCAUGAUGGACUUAAGAUUUUCUUUGCAUCCAUUCUUUUCUCUUUUAAUAAAAUCGCAUAAUUGCAGAGUUUGACCACCAUUGUUGGUUUAUAACUUGGGUUAAAAUGUUUCUUUUUGUUUGAUAUAAUCAAUUGAUGACUCAAACUGCUGGUUUUUUUAUUUGGGUCUCUUGCUUGUUUAUGGUAAACUGUUCCUUUAGUUUAUGGUUCUUGAUUUGCAUGCGGUUGACAAGACAAGCUUAA